AUGUAUGGAGCGGAGGUAUGGGGAAAGGAAGCGGAAAAGUGCAAAAUAAAGAAAAUUUUGGACAGUGUAGAGAGGCCGUUCCUGAGAGCAAUUACUAGCGCAUACAGGACGACUCCUACACAAGCAAUGAGGACGAUUGCGGGUUGUGCGCCCCUAUGGAUCAGGGCCUCCAUACUAAAAAACAUGAGACAAACAGGAUGGACAAAAGAAAGAGUGGAAGUAGGGAAAAGAAUACACCCAGGACUAACUAGAAACAACGGGGAAGAAGGAAAUGAAGAGGAAUUAGAAAAAGUGGACAUUUAUGUGGAUGCAUCAAUAAAGGAAAAUAAAGGAGGGACAGGAAUUUUAAUAAAACAAGAAGUGGAAGAACAGAGAAUAGAAAAAUAUGAGGGAGAGCUGAACAUAGCGGAAAUGGCUGUUCUAAAUGGAAUGGAGAUUGCAAAGAGAAUAAUUGAAGAAAGACCGGGAACGAAGAUAAUAAUAAACACAGAUAGAAAGGACAUACUGGGGAAGAUGGGGAGGGCUAAAAGUAGAAAUCCUAGAAUAGUGGAAAUACAAAGAAUAAUAUUUGAAAGAAGAAAUAUUAAAGUUAAAUGGGUCAAAAGAAAUAGUAUUGAAGAAAUGAAAAGAGUGGAUGAGUUAGCAAAAAAGGGAAGGCAGGAAGAAGGAGAAAGACAGAUGCAUAAUAGUACAAUGCAAAGCACAAUAAUGAAAGUAAGGCAAGAAAAGAUCACUAGGAAAUGGCAAGAGAGUUGGGAUGGAGAUAAUAAAGGAAGAUGGACGUACAAUAUAUUAAAAGAGGUGAACAGAAAAGGAAUAAGUACAAACGGAAGGAUAACACAGGCAAUCACGGGUCAUGGUAACUUUGAAGGAUACAAAAAAAGGUUCGGCUUAAAAGAAACGAAUGGAAUCUGUGAAUGCGGCAGAAAUGAGGAAGAAAACAUAGAACACGUAUGGUUCAGAUGUGAAAAGAAUAGGAGAAUAGAAGCCAGAAACAGGCUAAAGGAAGGAAUAGGCAAAGAAAAUAUAGAAGAAGUAGAUUGGGGUGUGGAAAGAGAAGAAAACUGGGACAGAUGGAUAGAAUUUUGGAAAGAAAUAGUGGAGGAGGAAGUAUGGGAGUAG